GACUGAAUGCUGAUCUCCAUUUCAUGUCUUUUAUUGUACUCUAUUGCAUCUCUAUCCUAUUUACUGCCAUUUCUUUUGAUUGUUUUUUUUUAUUGCUGCUUCUUUGCACUGUCAUGCUAGUGAGAAACAACAUCUCGUCUCACCUGUGUAUUCCUCUGCAAAUACUAUGUGUGGAAUGACAAUAAACCAGAUCUUGAAUCUUGAAUAGGAAAUGUCCUCUCUGAACUGCAGCAACACGUGGGGGCUGGCAUGGCGAGCGCUGCAUGCUGACAGCUGUUUGCCGGGACAGACCCCAUCAGCCCGCUGUUGAAGGGUUUCUGCGUCGCCGUCAUUCCUGCUGGGGACGGCUGAUAGCACCACUGAAAGGUAAGACAGAGGCUGUGCGGACCUCCGUUCUUGCAGCCCACUGCACCGGUGCCGGGUAGGGUGAGUUUACCGGAUGUUAUGCUGUUGUUAAGCGUGUCUUAAUCUGUGCUGACAGCAUCUACAGACACGUGUUCCAUGUCUGCCCAGAUGGCGGGAGGGAUCUUCAGCGGUCUGGAGAACCUGUGCGUGGUGGACUGUGCCAGCGUCCACCCCCUGGUGUGCCACCUGUGCCGGGAGCAGUACAAAUCUCCGUGUUUGCUGGACUGUUACCACAUCUUCUGUGCCCGCUGCCUGCGAGGUCGGACCAAUGACAGCCGCCUCAGCUGCCCCCUCUGUGGGUACCAGUCAAUAGUGAAAGGAAGUAACGGCCUCCCGCCAGAGGACCGCCUGCUGAAGUUUCUGGUUGAUAACAACUCUGAUGCAGAGGAGAGCGUGCAGUGCGCCAACUGUGACCAGGAAAGUAACACCAAGGAAGCAGGAGUGAUGUAUUACUGCAACACCUGCUGCCAGCCCCUCUGCGCCGCCUGCAGAGAGACGACACACAAGGCCAGGAUGUUUUCCCACCACGAGAUCGUCCUGCUGGCCAAACGCACCAAAGCCAAACACAGGAAAUGCUCUCUUCACGAUGAGCCCUACAUCCUUUUCUCAACAGAGAAAAACUCCAUGCUUUGCAUCAAAUGUUUCAGAGACAUGCAAGUGGAGAGCCGAACUCACUGCAUAGAUAUUGAAACGGCGUACGUGCAGGGGUGUGAGAUGUUGGACCAGGCGGUGCUGGUGGUGAAGGACCUGCAGAACUCAACUGGAGAAGCAAUUCAUCUGCUGAGAGCAAUGAUAGGAGAAGUGGGUCUGAACAUGGAGGAAGAGGAGAGUGCAAUCUGCAGCCUUUACAACAGCUUACAGGAUAAACUGGCAGAGAGGAAGAAGAUUCUGCUGAAAGCAGCUCAGAGUCAGCACGAGGAGAAGGAGCGAGCAUUAAAGGAGCAGCUGUCACACCUUACCGCCCUCCUGCCAACCCUCCAGGUCCACCUGGUCACCUGUUCUGCCUUCCUCAGCUCAGCAAACAAGUACGAGUUUUUGGACAUGGGCUAUCAACUCAUGGAGCGGCUGAAGAAGAUUGUGAAGCUUCCUCAUCGCCUGCGACCAGUGCAGAGCAGCAAAAUCAACACCGAGUACAGAAGUGAGUUUGCUCGCUGUCUGGAGCCGCUGCUGCAGAUCGGACCGCGCUGCCCCCCCUCUGUCACCGGCUCUUCCAGCAUACUGACCAGGCUUCAGUCUCCGCUGUCCAUGACCUGCCGCUCCCCGUCACUCAGUGAAAUGGCCCUCGGUUCCGCAUUUGGCCGAAGGCCCACGUCCCACCGCAACAUCUGCACCAAGGUCCUCCUGGCCGAAGGCAAGGAGACGCCGUUCACGGAGCACUGCCGCAACUAUGAGAACACCUACAGGAGUCUGCAGACAGAGAUCCAGAGUCUGAAGGACCAGGUUCAGGAGCUUCACCGGGAUCUGACCAAACAUCACUCCAUCAUCAACACAGAGAAAAUGGGGGAAAUCCUGGACAGAUCUCUGCACGUCGACAGUCAGAUUGGAGUCCAGUACUCCACCGUGGAAACCAUGAGGGUCAUCUUUGAGGAGAUCUGGGAUGAGACUUUUCAGAGGGUCAGCAACGAGCAGGAGAUCUACGAAGCGCAGCUGCAAGACCUGAUGCAGCUGAAGCAGGAGAACUCCUACCUGACCACCAUCACCAGACAGAUCAGCCCAUACAUCCUGUCUAUAGCUAAAGUCAAGGAGAGACUGGAGCCCAGGUUUCAGGAGCCCAAAGAGCAUGAACUCGAUGACCGCACAGAAACGAUGCUGAAAAUCUACGAGGACGGCACGACGCCGAAGGAGAAGCAAGGCAGGGACAGCAGCAGCCGGGUCACAGAGAACAGCCGCCCUCUGAUGCUGAGGUAACGAGGCGGCGGGCGGAUUCCUGCGCCGUCCUCCCCCCGAGCGAUGACACCUCCUCAGAGCAGAGCUGUCGGGGCCCCCGCCUGGACUGACACUAAGUGGAUGUAGGUGUGUGACAAAGACUUGCAGCUGUCACAGACGAUGCUGAGGGGAAAAACAACCCCGUUCUGAGUUAUUCAGGAGCCAGACGGCGUCCUGUGGACAGAGCAGAAUCUGGAAUAUUUAUUUGAAUUGAUCCUUGGUUUGGUUUUGAAAUGUUUGCGAUCUUGAAGCCCCCUUCCGAUCAUCUUUUAAUCAAAGCGUUCCCAGUGGUCUUGUUAUCAUGAUGAUGCCCAUUUUAGUCAAAAUCAAAAAUCCUGUGUCGCCGUCAGGGAAAAUAGUUUCUGCAGAGCGACAGGAGCUCAUUAGAAAUUCACUCCUGGGUUGUAGAUGGGACCGUUGCUGCAGAGCAACCCCGCCCCUACUUCCCAUCACCCAUAAUUGAGAGCUCUCUGUUCUCUGUCUGUUCUGCAGAGCGGCAAGUGUUCAUUUGAAACGUAUCUACGAGAUCUGGGUGGGACCGGUGCGGAGUAAGCCUCCGCUAAUUUCCCAUCAUCCCAACCUGAUCAUCUUUUUAACCUGCAACGGCAGGAGUUCAGCAGGAAUUCACCUCUGAGUUGUGGGCGGGACUGUUAGCCUCGG